UAUCGUUAGUCGUUACGAGUACAGCAAAAGGAAAUUGUGUUGCUGCGCUGCUGCCGCUGUAAAUCUUUCGACCAUGAAACUAGUUUAUUUUCUGGUGUUAUAUUGUUUAUGCAUUUCGGUAAAUGCACACCCUCCGUAUACCUGUAAUGUGACAGAACUUGCUGCUAAUGCAGGUCACACAGAAGGUAAUACUACUACUAUUAUUACUGGAGGUCGUGAAAAAGCUAAUGUCAGUGAUCCAAUCAUCAAGAAUAUAUCAGCUUUUGCACUGCCUACAAUUGAUAGGAGAUUUGAUGCAACUUUCAAGAUAGCUCGAAUUGUCAGUGCAGAAACUCAGGUUGUUGAAGGUGUAAUUUAUUACAUCCGGCUAGAAGUUUGUAGCACCAACUCCAACGGUGGAGAAGAUGAUGCCAGUUCUGAUUGCAUUAUAACAGGAGAAUCGAACCAGCAACUCUGUGAUAUACAGGUGUGGGACAGACCAUGGCUGCCUAAACGUGAACUUACACAACUAAAUUGCACUGCAAUAGAUUAAAGGCGGAAAAAGAGAGGAAUUCUGCUGAAGUCACAUCAAUUUCCUUCAUAGCUACUGAUCUUAAACAACAUUGAUCUUGAUAACUUCCAGAAUGGACAUAAUAUAUUCAUAUUUCACAUGAAAACAGACAAAUUGUUUAAAUCAGAGCCCAUCUAAAGUUGUUGAAACAUGGGUAUAGAGAAAUGGCAUGAUGUGCCUAAUCUACACUUAAAUCUGAAGCUUGAAAAGAUCCAUAUACUAUGAAGAAGGCUGGAUAAAUUUAUAAAAAAAUUAAAAGCACUUUGUAACUUGUUUUUUAUAUAUUAUAAAAAUUUCAAGUAGAUUAAUGUAAAAGAUAGAAAAGAAACAAUAAAGGAAGUUUUAAAUUACAAUGUAUGUACAAAUGUUUUAAUGAAAUAAAUUUCCUUGUUGCUUCCA